ACCGAGCACCGCCUGCAUGCGCUGCGGUACACGAACGACUUUCUCACCGAGGCUCUCCAUCAUCACACACACACACACACACAUACACACACACGCACGCACGCACACACACACACACACACACACACACGCACACAAUGGGAGGGAUACAGGAGUAUAGGUAAGGCGGCAGUGGCAGACAGACAGAUGUGUGAUGCUCAGACUCAACCAUGGGGCCGUUUCCCCUCGCCUGUGUGAAGGUAAACUUUUACCCACCAUCGCAUCUUUUCGCCGUGACCGUGUGGCGGUGAUGCCAACUCGCUGCUUGCACACCUGCCUCUGUUUUUCUUUUUUUUCUUCAAUGAUAAUUGCUGCCAGUAUACCAGGAGCGAUGCAGCAGAAACGGGGGCUGAAGUGGCAAUAGAUCCUGUUGAAUUGAGACAAGACGUCGAGACGCAGUCAAAAAAGUGUCCUCCUCGGAGUGCGUCAGAGCACAGAUGUAUAUAGUGGAUGAUAUGGUCGCCGGCUGGAUAUGACGAGGGAUUUGUGAUAUUACCCCCCUAAAUCAAGACGGGGAUUUAGGCAGAAGCGAAGAACUGCAUCCUCACCUAGCCUACCUUCCCAUCCUCCUCCUCCAACAGAUUUGUUUGUAGGGGGGCUGAGGCGAUUUUGUUUGGCCCCUUUUCACAUCUCCAGAGAGAGUCUGUCAGUCCUUCACCGGAGCUCUAUAAUGUAACAGCAAAGAUCCAGUUCAUUUAAUUUUUAAUUUAUAUAUAUAUAUAUUUUUCAUCUUAUCACAUAAAAUGGCAACCAGGAGUGACCACGAAGGAUCAAAAGACGCAUUUGGGCGCAAGCAGCGGUCGUGGAGAAAUUAGCCACCUGAUGGGCGCCGGAGAAACCGAGCAGAGACUGUUUUGGUUCUAGCUUGUUGACUUGGUGAUUGAAAAUGCUGAACAAAUAAAGGACGCUGCAAGUUGAGCACAGAGAGCCUGCGUAACAGGCUAUGGCACCGACCCUCACAUCUUUUUUGGUUACGGUAACGAUGUCAUAAAAUACCGGAGGCCUGUGUCUAAACGGGAAGACAGGCUGAUCAAUAUCUCCUGCCAUGUUAAGUAGCCACAUGGACUGCUCUCAACAUGGGCCUUAUUGAGGUGUGUUCGUUAUUCUGACAUUCUCAUAUGCACAACUGAUUGGCCGAACCGGUUGAUGCAUCAUUGUCUCUCUCUCUCUCUGCGCGCGCGCCGAGCUGCAACUUUGAUCCUCUGGCCCUGCAUCCACUUCGCCCUGAGGCGGUUACUGUAGCGCACACGGACGCGAACCGCUCAUUGGACUUAAAAAUGGAGUUUGCCAUGGUGGGUGCGGACGGCGGGUGCAAUAGUCACCUGCCUUACGGAUAUGCCCAAGCUCGCGCACGGGAAAAGGAGCGCGAGAGGGAGCGCCAGGCUGUCCAGUCGAGAGCGGCGGCUGCUGCUGCCGCGGCCGCUGCUGAAGGUGGGUCAGGUGAGGAGGGAGGAGGAGGCGUGGGGGGGUCCACCUCCACCUCGAGCGCUCCUCUCCUUAACAACCGCCAGCAUCAGUCUCGCGCCGCCUCCUCCGCGAACGCCAACAUCGGCAGCGGCGGGACCGCCUCGCGCCCCUCCUCCUCCUCCACCUCCUCCUCCUCCUCCUCACAGCCGCCACAGCAGCAGCAGCAGCAGCAGCAGGAGCCCGAGCAGCAACAGAGAGUUCUCAGAGAGCGGAGAAAGCAACGCGGCGUCGGACGGUGGAGACGCAGCCGGACGACUCUCGGCGGGGACCUGCGCCACUCGGAGCUGGCGCUGCUCGGAUCCGAGGAGGACAUCAUGAUAGAGGAGGAGGAGGCCGAGGGAGCCGAGGAAGAAGAGGAGGAGGAGGAUGCGGAGGAGGAGAAGGGGUGCCGGGGAAGCAAGAGGUCGAGUUUUCUGUGCAACAUGGGUGAUGAGGAAGAGACCGUGUCGCUCACUGACAGGCGACCUCAGUCCGGCUACGAGAGUGUUUACAACGAGUGCGGCUGCUGCGAGAGAGUUGUCAUCAACGUGUCGGGUCUGAAGUUUGAAACUCAGCUCAAGACUCUCACUCAGUUCCCGGACACUCUCCUGGGAGACCCCGACAAGCGAAUCAGGUACUUUGACCCGCUAAGGAACGAAUACUUCUUCGACCGGAACCGACCGAGUUUUGACGCCAUUCUUUACUAUUACCAGUCGGGGGGGCGGUUGAAAAGACCAGUCAACGUCCCGUUUGACAUCUUCUCCGAGGAGGUGAAGUUUUACGAACUCGGGGACGAGGCGAUACUCAAGUUUCGGGAGGAUGAGGGUUUUGUCAAAGAGGAGGAAAAACCUCUGCCGGAGGACGAGUUCAAGCGCCAGAUCUGGCUGCUUUUUGAGUAUCCGGAGAGCUCGAGCCCCGCCAGGGGCAUAGCGGUCGUGUCCGUCCUGGUUAUAGUUAUUUCUAUUGUCAUUUUCUGCCUGGAGACGCUGCCGGAGUUUAGGGACGAAAAAGAAUACCUACAGCCGCGACACAACUCCACUCAACCCGACCACGGAUUUACUCCUUUCAACGACCCGUUUUUCCUCGUGGAAACGGUUUGCAUCAUCUGGUUCUCCUUUGAGAUUAUAGUCCGCUUCUUUGCGAGUCCGAGCAAACCGGAUUUCUUUAAAAACAUUAUGAACUCAAUAGACAUUGUAUCCAUUCUGCCUUAUUUCAUAACCCUCGGCACGGACCUGGCGCAGCAACAAGGCAACGGGCAGCAAGCGAUGAGCUUUGCCAUCCUGAGAAUAAUCCGCCUUGUCCGGGUGUUUCGCAUAUUCAAACUGUCCAGGCACUCCAAGGGGCUGCAGAUCCUGGGCCAUACCCUGCGCGCCAGCAUGAGGGAGCUGGCCCUCCUCAUUUUCUUCCUGGUUAUAGGUGUCAUCCUGUUCUCCAGCGCGGUGUACUUCGCCGAGGCGGACGAGCCCACCUCUCAGUUCACGAGCAUCCCCGACGCUUUCUGGUGGGCAGUGGUGACCAUGACAACGGUGGGCUACGGCGACAUGAAGCCCAUCACUGUCGGUGGGAAGAUAGUGGGCUCCCUCUGCGCGAUCGCGGGCGUGUUAACCAUCGCGCUCCCGGUGCCGGUCAUAGUGUCCAACUUCAACUACUUUUACCACAGGGAGACCGAUAACCAGGAUGACCAGGCGCCGGUGGUGGAGAGCAUGCCCCCGGGCUGCCCCUAUUUCCCGGACUUUUUAAGGAAAUUCAAAGGCUCGCCCUCUGGCUCAUCGAUGGGUGACAAAGCGGAGUAUAUGGAGAUGGAGGAAGGCCUGACGGAGUCGCUUUGUGGUCUGGACAAGAGCCCCAGUAAAGGAAACGGCACAGACAUAGGGAGGAAAAACAGCACUAACUCAAAAUCCGUUCAGACUGACGUGUGAAGUAUAGAGUUCAGUUUCCCCCCCCGUUUUUUUCUUAAGAAGAAUACGCCCUAAUAGAUACUGUACAAGAGCAGGUGGUCCCCUAACACAAGUUUUACGCACGCCUCAGAGCCCCCCCACACACACACACGCACGCACGCACGCACACUCACACUCACACAGGUCACCAAUUGGCAGAUUAAAAUGUUUCAUUCUCUCCAUCUCAGAGCAAAAGUGUAUCCCAAAUCCUCUCCACAACCUUUAGGAACAAUUAUGAUCAAUAUUUCCCCAAUGGGGUUGAUUAAUUAAUUUGUCUUACCUAUGCGGGCUUCCAAAUCUGAAUUAAAAGUCUAGACAAGACAGGCUAUGCAUUCGCACUUUAUGAGUUUCAUCCGUCAAUAAGAGAAAGGGUAGGGAUGAUCGUUUUUGCUGUUAUGCAAUAAAGUUAAACAAUUUGUUUGCACUAAUGUAGAAUUUGCGCUGGGUUUUGGGCAGAUUUUUAUUUCAGAGACAGAAACUGUAGGCCGUGCAAAUGGCAAUCAUUUAGUCAUCCUCUGACCACUUAGCUGAAGAAUGUUUGAGUAACUUCCUUAAAGAGAGCAAACUAGGGAUAUUAAUGAGCUCUUUCAUACGCUGCCAAUAAAAAUUGGACUCCAAUAAAGGAAAAGCCUGAGACAGAUAAAACAUUUUUGUUACUGUUCCAACACUAAUAUGAACAAAAAAAAGCUAAUUUCUAAGACAUAGCAUUUAGCAGUCAUCAAAUAAACCAGGGCUUGAAUUAUUUCUAUGACAUCUACACAAAUAUGCUUUUCCACAAAAAGAAAAAAGCCUUGUGUUGUUGACCCACUAUGAGAGCUAAGCACAGGAAACAUCAGAGUUAAAAAAUGGCUGGAGAAAUGACUUGCCCUGCCAGGUUUUGUAUGGACAGGCUUGGAGCCUUGGCGACAACAGUUUCCCCAGUUUCAUUUAAACCACCUCAAUAUGACAAUAUCCCUUUACACGGAUGCAGAUGGAAAGCUAUAGCAAAAAUGACUCUGUUGUGGAAACUCCUCGGAGGGGAGUUUGUGAGCAACUUCCUCUCCUGUCCACUGGACUUCGUGCACAACAUUAUUUUUUUUUCUUCCUCAAGAGGACUGUGAUUAUCUCCGAGCUCAGAGGAUCCCCGAGAUGUGGAUGUCUUCCAAGCGCUGCCAGUUACAAGGAGAGGAAGUAUCCCCCACAACUCUGGAAACUGCAGAGAACAAGCAAAACAUUGUGACUGGUCCUCGCCAGCACAAGCGGAGACUCAAAAGCAACAACAACUGGACGGGACUCGGCACUUGAAUAAGUGGGGAUGAGAGCUGCUGCGUGACGUCAGUAAACAAACCCUCGAGGGUUGAGACUGGAGUUGGCGAAUGAGUAAGUCGUGGCCCAAAAUGAAUGCCUUAAUUAAUACACAUAUACAGAUGUAUGAAGUGAUGAAACUAAGAGACUUAUAGUUCAAAGAUGUUUUCUUUACAUGUGAAAAAAAAAAGUGUCUUGUAAGGAACAGAUGUGAAUAUUUUAAUAUGAUAGAGAUAACGUUUGGUUGUAAUGUCGACAUAAUGUUUUAGUUGGGUCGGCUUCGUAGGUGUCAUUGGUUACUAAAUGGUGAGUUUGCUCUCUGCUUAUGUGCAGUCAGCAGUACGACUUAAUCUAUUUUUUAUCUUGUUUCAUAUAGUCAACCAAACAAGGCUGGCCUGAGUUGCUCACUCAAAUGCUGGCGACAAACUCUUAAUUCACAUCGUGUCAUAACAUGAAAAUCCUCAUUUAAAAAGUGUAUAGAGGGUUGGGGGAGUGAUAUGAUGAUAUAUAUAUAUAUAUAUAUAUAUAUAUAUAUAUUGACUGGCUCAAUGAAACACACUGAAAUACAUCAGAAGAAUAUCCUCUUACAUUAAGAUCCACUUACACUAAAGCAAAGAUGUCAGGCACAUAAACAUCAUCAUAAAUAUCUGCCACACUCACUUUCUAUCGCAGAAAAACAGCGGGUGAAACUCGCCGUGAAGAUGAAAUACCUUAGGUUUUUUUCUCAGAUGCAAAUUUAGAGCUGACCAGCUGCUUUGUUGAUAUGUUUUCACUUUAACUGUAUGCAAAAGUAACAUGGACGUGUGUUAUAUAUUUUUUUAAACCUAGCCUUGAUAAUUACAUAACCAAAGGUGAACCCCUGAAUUUAUUGUAUGUUGUGGACUUCUGGAAAAUGUUGUGAUAUAGAUGCACACUGAAUAGGAAUAUAUGUAAAUAGCAGACAUUUAUACUUGUGUGUCCUAAGAUGUGUUGCCGAUAGAGUAAUUUGAGACGUUUUACUUUCUUUGACUGUUAUGCCCAUCACCCAUAAUCAUCUGUGUUUGGUUUGUCCUCGCUGAUACAAUCAUGUUCCUCAUAUCGUUGCAAAUGCUGCUCCAACAUUCUUCAUUGUUUUCGCCAUUUUUUUUUUCUUCUUCUUCUUCUACAUACUGCACAUUAAAAAUCCACCUACUCAUCCAUUGGCAUACUAAAACAAGAGGUUGCUGAUGUUGUUUGUGCAGCUUUGCCAGAGAAGCAUUGGAUUUGGUUACCUCUCUUUGAUCUGCGAUGUUGCCUGUGAAUGAAAUGAUUAGAGGUUGCCAGUUUUAUUUUGGUUUUUGGAAGUAGUAGUGAGUUAUUUCAUAUAUUUUUACUGAAGGCAGUAUUUUAUUUACCUAUAUUUCCCUUAAAAAAAAAACAUCCAUUACAUACUGUGUUAACUAUAAUGGCACUUCAAUUUAGAGGUCUUCAUCUUAGUGUCUUCUUCCUCUGCUCCAAAAGAAAAUCCAAAGUUCACCUUCUUGCUCUUUUUCCAAAAAUGUGUAUCUCAAUAAUAGUAUUCCUCAGAAAAGCUGUUUACUGAAUGUUCCAGAUGUUUCCUUAGUGUUAGAAAAAAAACUUGUAACCACAAAAUAGCCACAAGAGUUUUUAAAUAGAUAUCAAUUGUUUACUUUGGAAAUCAUUAUGGGGAUGAUGUUUUUAUUGGGAAGGAGUAGAUACAAAGUACGUUUUUCAUUUCUGCAUAGUAAAACUUUUAACACGAAUACCAGAAUACUCUCAGAAAACAAAGUCUGCAAGUUGUAACAAUAAAUAAAGUAAGAAAGAAAAGAAAAAAAGAAUCCAAAUUGAAUUACAGUGGAUUAUAAUAUCAGGCUGUAGCUGUCACACAAAUAAAUCAAGUUAAUAUGAAGAUGAAGUAUUAGUCCUUUUAGUCCAGUAGAAAAAAUCAUAAAAGGGAAAGCAAAACACAUUUUGGUAGAUAAUGUAGACUUAGUACUGCUUCCUCAUAAAAUUAUAAGGGAGAAUUAAUAAAUUGCAUUAAAAAAAACACUUGAUCAUAUCAGGAUAUAUUAUGAAAAACUCACUUUUUCAGUGCUUAUGCAUACAUUUGAAUAUCUGGAGUGUCUACCAACCCACAAACCCAGUCACUUUUAAGUGGGCUGGAUCAGAAAACAUGGGAUUCAACAAGCCAUUCAGAUGUUUCUCACCUUCACAUGCAGGCUCAUUAGAAUAUAUCAAAUUGGGGGUUUAUCGGUUGGUUGCCCGGGAACCCCAGGGUGUCAAAAAGACACUCAAAAAAGACAAAAAAACAACAACUUGUUGCUGUCAUAAUUUGGUCUUUGUAUGCAUUAAACAAACCAGAAUUAAAGCAGUUUUUCUUACCUUUGGACAGAGCCAGGCUAGGUGUUUCCCUCCCAUUUCCAGUCAGUAUGCUAAACUAAGAAGCUGCUGGCUGUAGCUACUGUACAUAUUUACUGCACAGAAAUGACAGUGGUAUAGCCAACUCUCUGCAAAAAAAAAGAAGAGAAUAGUGAAUUUCCCAAAAUGUAGAACUAUUCCUUUUAGAGGUAAAUUAAAUGAAAAUGUAACCUGCCUGUAAAGAACAGAAGGGAUUUUAUUACACUAAUCUUGUCAGAUUAUGAGCCUCAAAUCACAAGCUGUUACUGUACCUGAGGGGCUCGGCCCGCCAGAGGCCUCAUUUCUGACCUGACGUUUUGACUUGGUAACAGAGGCGCCGGCCUGAAUGUUGGCUCACAUAAAGAUCUGAGAUGUAGCUACUACCAUACCAACAGGCAAUAGUGGCCAGAUGCUGCACUGCAACAAUACUGAGAGCCAAAUUAAUCCAUCUAGUGAUAUGUUCAGCUACAGCUUGGUGUUAUCACAAAGCACCACAAAAGACGCUAAGCCGAAGAGCAAUAUAUGCCCACAGGUUACUAGAGAGAACAAGAACAGGAUCAGCCUGAUUGAUCCUCGAGGCUAACACAUCCAAUAAAGCAGAACAAACAAGCACUGAAGGAGACAGAAAGAAAUCUGUUUAACUGGACAGUCUCUAAUCCAUUUCCUCAAUCUAUGAAUUAAAAUAAUGUAUUUGGUUAGAGGCUGCAAUUAUGUUCAACUUCACUUACAUCUGCUUUCUACAGGAGGUCAGUAGUAACCCAGAGAAGGGCAGUGUGCUACACUGUAUGAAGCAAGAAGAUAAUAAAGGUCGAUGGGCAGAUUUUGAGGCAGAUUGAAUAUUACAGGAAGAAAAAUAAUUUAUCCUUGCGUGUGCGCUGAAUGAGAUUCUGAAUAAAAAGGUCAUAAUCCACACGGAUAUGUAUCAAGAGGGCAUAUCAUGAGUGGGCAAGGAUUAGUGGGGAAAUAUCCACAUGAGAUUAAACAACAAAUCAAAUGUUUCUUUGACUUGGUGCUGCUAGAUAUACUGUACCUGCAGUAAUAACUUUUGUGAUGCUGUUGUGAUUCAGCACAGCCAAUGAGCUGUUAGAGUGGUUAACAGUUGUGUUGGGACAUUAGAUAACACACAAAACAAGGCGAGAGAACAUUUUUUAAAUUAUGACCAUCUCCGAACUGAAGAACUCACCAGGGCUACAUUUAAAAUAACAUGAGCAAAAAAGUCACUGUCACAGCUACUGGACAGAAUAACUGAACUCAUUUAAAAGAAAACACAUGUUGGGGAUUGAUUUCAUGUUAGGAAGGACUAGCUCGGUAUUCAUAUUGUGAGAAACAGCUUUUCUGUUGAAGCUCACGUAUAUUUCUGAGGCCUGAACGACUCUGAGACUCAAAAUCCUCUGUGCUUUCAACAGAGCGACUAGGCAAGAUUAACUUUAAAAUGACUGCCUCCCCAAAUCAAUAGCAAAGGAUUUAUUCUAGGAAACAACCAAUUGACCACAGAUCUAAAGCCAUGCAAAUCAACAGCCCAGUGCAAUUUAGUGAUGUACUAAAUUGUAUUCUGCAUUCAGUGUUGCCAGAUUUGACACAAAACAGCCCCAUUGGAUUCUCAAGCCAGCUCAAUCUUCAUAAAUCUGGCCACAUUUUUAAUUGCCAUAUAUUAAAAAAAAGGUGCUAGGAAGAAGCUUUAAGUUUUAUUUGUACAAUUAGGCAAACCCCAAACCAUCCAAAACCAGGUUACAAUUACGAAAAAAGUAGUGAUUGAAAGUUAAAAUAUUAACAUAUAAGAACUAGGGCUGUAAUCACGAUUAAUCGCUGAAUUUCUAUAGUUAAUCGCGAUUAAUUGCA